CUGGGCGCCCGGCGGAUCGCGGAUGAGCCCCGGGCCCGCGGGCACCCCGGCGGGUACCGCCUGACGGAGCGGCGCGGAGGUUGCCUGGUCACUAUGAACAAUGGCCCAGCUAUACUACAAAAAGGUCAACUUCUCCCCAUACCGAGACCGGAUCCCACUCCAGAUCGUGCGAGCGGAGGCAGAGCUCUCGUCGGAAGAGAAAGCCUACCUCAGUGCUGUGGAGAAGGGGGACUAUGCCAGUGUGAAACAUGCCUUGCAGGAGGCAGAGAUCUACUACAACAUCAACAUUAACUGUAUGGAUCCUCUCGGUCGCAGUGCCCUUCUAAUAGCCAUAGAGAACGAGAACCUGGAGAUCAUGGAGCUGCUGCUGAGCCACAGCAUCUACGUGGGGGACGCUCUGCUCUACGCGAUACGGAAGGAGGUGGUGGGAGCUGUGGAGCUGCUGCUGAAUUACAGGAAACCCAGUGGUGAAAAACAGGUUCCAACCUUGAUGAUGGACACCCAGUUUUCGGAGUUCACUCCGGAUAUCACCCCGAUCAUGCUGGCGGCUCACACCAACAACUACGAGAUCAUCAAACUGCUUGUCCAAAGACGGGUGACAAUCCCACGCCCGCACCAGAUCAGGUGCAACUGUGUGGAAUGUGUCUCCAGCUCGGAGGUGGACAGCCUGAGGCAUUCCAGGUCGAGGCUGAACAUCUACAAAGCCUUAGCCAGCCCUUCAUUGAUUGCCUUAUCGAGCGAGGAUCCCAUCCUGACUGCAUUCCGGCUGGGCUGGGAGCUGAAGGAGCUGAGCAAGGUGGAAAAUGAGUUCAAGGCUGAGUAUGAAGAGCUUUCACAGCAGUGCAAGCGUUUUGCUAAGGACCUUUUGGAUCAAGCACGGAGUUCCCGGGAGCUGGAGAUCAUUCUCAAUCACAGGGAUGAUCAAAGUGAAGAGCUGGAUCCCCAAAAAUGUCACGAUUUGGCAAAGCUAAAGGUAGCAAUAAAGUAUCACCAGAAAGAGUUUGUUGCUCAGCCGAACUGCCAGCAGCUACUAGCAACACUCUGGUAUGACGGCUUUCCAGGAUGGAGGCGGAAACACUGGGCAGUGAAACUCUUGACCUGCAUCACCAUUGGACUGCUUUUCCCUGUGCUAUCUGUGGCGUACCUGAUUGCACCCAAGAGCAGGCUGGGACUGUUCAUUAAAAAGCCAUUUAUCAAGUUUAUCUGCCACACUGGCUCUUACCUGACCUUCCUGUUCAUGCUCCUGCUGGCGUCGCAGCACAUCGUCAGGACCGACCUCCACAUGCAGGGGCCACCUCCCACCAUUGUGGAGUGGAUGAUCCUGCCCUGGGUUCUAGGUUUCAUCUGGGGAGAAAUCAAGGAAAUGUGGGAUGGUGGAUUCAAUGAGUAUGUACAUGACUGGUGGAAUCUGAUGGAUUUUGCAAUGAACUCCCUCUAUCUUGCAACUAUCUCCCUCAAAAUUGUUGCCUACGUCAAGUACAACGGUUCUCGCCCGAGGGAGGAGUGGGAGAUGUGGCACCCGACUCUCAUUGCAGAAGCCCUCUUUGCAAUAUCCAACAUUUUGAGUUCCCUGCGUCUCAUAUCCCUGUUUACAGCAAACUCACACCUGGGACCCCUGCAGAUUUCUCUGGGACGCAUGCUGCUAGACAUCCUCAAAUUCCUUUUUAUCUAUUGUCUGGUGCUUCUGGCUUUUGCCAAUGGACUGAACCAGCUUUAUUUUUAUUACGAGACCAGUGCCUCGGAGGAACCCAACAACUGCAAGGGGAUCCGAUGUGAGAAGCAGAACAAUGCCUUCUCCACGCUUUUCGAGACCCUCCAGUCACUCUUCUGGUCUGUGUUCGGGCUGCUGAAUCUCUACGUCACCAACGUGAAAGCCAGACACGAGUUCACAGAAUUUGUUGGGGCCACGAUGUUUGGGACCUACAACGUCAUCUCCCUCGUUGUGCUGCUGAACAUGCUCAUAGCCAUGAUGAACAACUCCUACCAGCUCAUUGCUGACCAUGCAGAUAUCGAGUGGAAGUUCGCACGGACAAAGCUCUGGAUGAGUUACUUCGAUGAAGGUGCCACUCUGCCCCCUCCUUUUAACAUUGUGCCCAGCCCCAAGUCGGUGUGGUACCUUUGCAAGUGGAUCCACAACCAGCUGUGCCCAGGUGAUGACUCUGACAAUGAACAGAAGAGGCACGAAAACCUCAAAACAUUCACAGAACGACACGCUGACAACCUGAUUCAGAAUCAACAUUACCAGGAAGUGAUAAGAAAUCUUGUGAAAAGAUACGUUGCAGCAAUGAUAAGAACUUCCAAGACCAACGAAGGUUUAACUGAAGAAAACUUCAAGGAAUUAAAACAGGACAUCUCGAGUUUUCGCUAUGAAGUUCUUGACCUCUUAGGGAACAGAAAGCCCCAGAGGAGGAGUUACUCUACCAGCAGCACAGAGGUGUCCCAAAAGGAUGAAACAAACGAGGACGGUGCUGGAGAAAAAUCCAGAGCCAAGAGCGUGUCUUUCAAUGUAGCCAACAAAAAAAAGGACUUCAACGUAUCUGCUCUGAUUAAAACCAUGUCUGGGAUCAACAUGGUGGAAGAGAAGCCAAAAAGCAACGGCAUCAGCAAGCGCUCCUUCGUCCGGAACGGGAACAGAGUUCAGAGACUCUCCAGCUCCAAGAAGGAGUCCUUCAAGAGACUGGGCCUGCUCUUCUCCAAGAUGAACGGCCACGUCCCUGAGCCCAGCUCAGAGCCCAUGUACACCAUUUCAGACGGCAUCAUUCAGCCACACUACAUGUGGAAAGACAUUAAAUAUUCUCCGAUGGACAGAGAGAGGGAAGAGAAUUGUUCCAAAAGUGAAAUUAACCUCAAUGAGGUGGCCUACAGUGGGAACACGAGACUUACGGGACAGAGCAAGGAGUGCCCUGUGGUUUGUACCAGCUCCCUUCACUGUGCUUCCAGUAUUUGUUCCUCUAACUCCAAACUUAUAGACUCGUCAGAGGAUGUGUUUGAUUCAUGGGGAGAGGCCUGUGACUUGUUUAUAAACCAGUGGAAAGAUGGGCAGGAGGAUCAUGUCACCACCCGGCUCUAAGCAAAGCUCUCUUAACUCUCACUGGAAAACUCAGCCAAGUAUUGGUAAUUGUUUGCUCUCAUCUGUUUCCUUUCUGUCCACAGGUGAAAAAAAAGUGUAAACCUACUUAUGUUACAGCCUAUUUUAUAGCCAUCUGCACCUUCUUUAAUUUACUUUUUUUACACUCACUAAUACUAAACUAAAGGUUUCACCGUUUAUAAGGUCACCAUACACCACAGGAAUCCCUUUGGAUGCAGUCUUAGUCUACAAACCCCACAGACUUCAGGCAUGCGGGUGGCUGAGGAAAGGAUUUCUCCAGUGCUCCCAUCAUCAUCCCACUCCAGCUGGGUUUCAGUGCUGCUGUCCAACACCAUUGGCUCUGCAUCCUGCUCAGUUUUGCUCAACAACACAACCAGCUGGUGAGCAGGAGGCUGAGAAUCACGCUGAAAAUAUUUUUUAAAAGGGUUUCAACCUACAACUGGGGUUUUUUUGUUUCCUUUAAGCAAUAUGACUUCUGAUUCUUUUGAUUGUGCUUGUUUUUUCAGGCCACUAUAUUAAUAUUGUGAAUUGUUACUGGAUAUGAGACCCCUUUGAUCAUCCACCUGGAACAUGUUUUUGUUGCUAACAUAUUUGCUUAUUUACCUAAUCUCCCUUUUGGGGAGCAGAAGGACCUUCCAAUUAGGCUGACAGUGGGAGCCAGCACCUGGCCUUGCCUCCAACUUCUGUGUAGAUGAACUGAAAAGAAAGCAACCCAAACCAACCCUGGCUGCUUGAAAUACAAACCUCAAGAGUAGUUUCUAAUGGGCUGAACCAAACCCCAGCUCUAAGCCUUGCCCUUAUUUUGCAAUUCCUAAUCUUACUUCCAGUGCUGCAUUCACUUUUUGCUGCCUCUCUGAUGGGUGUCGGGCUUCAGGGGGAAAACCAUCUCCUGAGGGAGAGCAUCUUCCCUGGGCCCUUGAGCUGCAGGUCUGAAAGGCAGCCUAGGCAAGAGCAGCUCCAGCUCUGCAGGUCCUUCUCUGAGGUGCAACAAAAAGGAGUGUGGCAGGACGUGGUAUCUUUUAUUACCUUUUAUUUCCCCAGCUGUGGGAGUGUCUGGACAGAGCUUGGCACCGUCACUGCUGUUGUCCCAGGGAGCAUCAGAGAGGGGGAGAAGACAACCCCAUCAAGGGCAAGGUGGUCGAAUUCUUAACAGGGGUUUCAGGGGGGUUUAUUUUUAUUUUAAUUUUUUAACAGUGGGAUACUUGAACUUUCUUCUGCAGUGUUGCUAAGGAACACAGAUGAUUGGCACUCAGCACCGCCUCGGAGCUGUUCUUGGUCAGCUGCUUCCUUGGAGGAAGCAAGUCCUGCCCAGGAACUGGGGAAUGGCUUCAUUCCUGCCCUCAUGCAGAGCUCUGCUCCCAGGAGGGGUUAUUGAGCUGCAGCAUUUCCCCAGGGUGGCUGCCAGCCAUCACCUCACCUGGGAACGGGCUUGUGAAUUGCCUCUGGAGAAACAUAAUGCUGGAAAAUCUACACCUGCCACUGGAGUGGGUCAGAUUUCACCAGCAAGGGGCAUGAGCAGCUCUGCUGGCAGCAGGGAGGGUCAGGAGCAGAAGGAUAAGAGAUGCUGGGGCACCUGCAGCUGGACACUGCCCAAGUUUUAAACCUGGCUCCCUCCUCUCGUGAAGGAAACUCUCCUUGUGGGGUUUUUCCUUUGGGCACUUGUGCAGCUUCACCCAGAAAGCCCAGUGGAGCACAGAGAGAAAUGUGAGUGAUGCAGCAGCUCCUGGGGCAGAGCUGAGGUGCCAACACCCUGGACUCAUGGAAGAGUUCAGUGCAGACCUCAGGGUGGAGACUGUGGCUCCAGGCCAGCCCUGUUUGAGAUAAAUCAGCAGUGAGGAGCAGAGACUCAAAAACGUUUCUGUAUUCCUUGCUUAUAAUGACACCAGCCUUGUUACCAGCAGGCAGUGUAAAACCCCAAAUAUUUAAGCCUCUGGAUGUGUUAGUUAAGGCAGAGUGAAAGGCAUUUUUGUAUCAACAGAUUUCAGGCUUUCACACUAAUUGCAGGGUUAGAGUUGUCUUUGAAAACUGCAUUUCCUCUUCGUUCAUGGAAGGCUGAGCAAACUGACAUUGGUGGUACACAAGGAGACUUGCAAAACCCGAGGGUGGGGAGCAGCUUGCUGAUCAUUCCAUGAGGAAAUCCAGCACCCCUGGCUGAAGGGGCAGAUCCAUUGAUAGGGGAGAGCCACAGUCUGAACACCCCAAGGCAGUGCUCACAAUAAAAGCCCCACAGGUCAAUAAACCAAACUGAGCACGUUUCUGCAAAGAUAAACGUUAGCAGGAGCUGCUACAGGGGGGUGAACUCGAAUCCUUUGAUGCCUCACCUAACCCACACUGCAGUCUAUGAACUCUACUUGACGUGGGGCCAGCAAAUCUUUGUGGUAUUUCCUGGGUAAGGAGUAAGAAUGAAAACAAUUCAAGUACAGUUAUGCAGAUUACAUCAGCUGGGCUUGAAAGCGGGCCAGAAACAGGGUUUAUAAUCCUUGGACAGCGGAAAGGCUCUUAAGUGUUCCAUGAGAACAAGCACACAGCCGCUGGUGACGCUCACAUGGUGUAAUUCGAAUGCAUUACCAGGUACAGACAACACAAAGAAAUGGAAUUAACUCUGCAGUGCUGCCCCCAAAAAUGUAAAAAUCCCUUCCCUGUGUGAGUCACGUUCCCCUGCUGUGCCCCGAAAGGGCAGGGGUGGGAGCUGCCACAUCGCAGUGGCACGAGGGGUAACAGAUCUGCAAACCCCCAGUGCUGUGCUAAAGGGGGAGAUGCUUCACGUGGCUCCUUGGCUGGGGCUCCCCUGGGCUUUGUUUCAUGACUGAGAUCCUUCCUUGCUCCCAGCUACGAGUGAGUCUGAGCUGACUUUGGAAUGCAACACAAAUAUUUGAUUUGGCUGCGAUUAAUACACGUGUCCAGGAGUUUGCAAAACUCAAAUUGGUCCCCCAAAAGGCAAAAUUCUCUUUGAUUGCAUCUAUGCAUCCCUGUUGAUAGCAAUAGACUUUGGAGCAGCUGUGAAUUAUUAUUAUGCUAAAACAGGAGCUUCAGGGGAGUGAAAUUGAAGUAGCUUCUGAAAAACACAUUUGAUUUAAAAAAACCCAAAAAAACCCAGGUUUUGCUUAAUUCACUUGCAGUCACAGUAUUUGGGACUUCGCCAGUAUUUUUCUGCUUUCAAUUGCUCAAAAAGAAAACACGUUUUAGUGAAAGUUAUUCUUUCCCUCAGAGAAAUGAGUGAAUGAGCCCUGUGCUGUCUCUGCAAGGGCCAGGGUAGGAGCUGAUGGGACACUGAGUUUCUCCUGUGAGUUAAACUUUUCCUUGGCUCAGCUGGUUCACACCUGGCCUUUAUUCUGUGGGCUUCAAGAAGGAUCCCUGGACAUAAUGCAAGGAGUUUGGAGUUAGGAGUAACUGAGAUCUCAACCACUUACCCUUUCUUAGGUUUCUUGCUCUUGAAGUUGCAUGUUUUUCUCACCUCCCAUCCCAGUGUCAUUUUCACAUGGCUUUUUAAAGCAGCACACCUGCAAAUGGUCAUGGAAUGGUUUGGGUUGGAAGGGACCUUAAAGUUCUUGUUCCAACCCCCCUGCCAUGGGUAGGGACACCUUCC